AUGCUCUCCACGCUCUUCGUCGUCGACCUGCGCAGCCAGAAGGAGGCCAGGGCCGUCGACUCGCGCGCCCCUAAGCUCAACCGCUUCAGGCUUAGGAUGCCGACGCUUCCGAAGCUCCCGUCGUCUGCAAGGGGGCUGAGGAGAUUGGCGAUGAAACUGCGGGGUUCUCGUUCAGAUGAGGUAUUCGACGUCAAGGAGGUGGUGCUCGCUCAGCUACACGGCCUCAUCGAUUCCGGAGUCUACGUGGACCUUUACGAGGUUGCCCAUUACUACGCGGGAAUAUGCGGGGUCGAGUACUAUUACCUUGUGAUCGAAGAACUGACGAAGGCCGGCUUCUUCUGA